AACAGUCACAAACUCUCGCGCGCCUGCAGAAUGAACUUUUGGGACGUACUUUGGGAUCGCCUUCAGUCUGUAAAGGAAUACGUUUCUUUGAGCUAAAUAACAUUUACUGACCACAUUUACCGCUUUAUAUAUUUCAUGACCACGAACAACGGAUUUGUUUAGUGGGCAGCUGGCUUUGAAUACUUCUAACGGACAAAAGUGGCCGCUUUACCGAGGAAGGACCUCAUCACGGUUUUCCUUCAGAAAUGUCUUUAUAAUGGUAGCAAAUGCGGAUCGUUGUUAUGUUUGAUCCAUUUAGAGUUUGUUUUAACCGGUGAAUGUUCAUAAAUAGAUGCUUGCCGGUGAAAACAGAGUCUGGUCUAUGUAUUCCCUGUACAAAACAUAAACUGAAGUUCUCUGGCACUUGGAUGAAUACAUCAGGUGGUAACUAACCCGUGUUGAAGUUGGCUUAACCGUAAGGCAUGGCUGGCGUGGUGCGCACCCUGAGCCGGUGUCUGCUGCCCGCUGAGGCCGCUCAUGAUGACAGGAGUAACGGGAAAGAACGAGCCCGCGAGCGAGAUGUCAACCAGGAGCGCGAGGCGAAGCGGCGCAGUCGCGAGAUCGAUGCCAUGCUUGCGCGCGAGAGGCGCUCGGUGCGGCGCCUGGUGAAGAUCCUGCUGCUGGGCGCCGGAGAGAGCGGAAAAUCCACAUUUCUCAAACAAAUGAGGAUCAUCCAUGGAAAAGAGUUCGACCAGAAAGCUCUGCUCGACUUUAGAGAUACGAUCUUUGAGAAUAUCAUCAAGGGGAUGCGGGUGCUGGUGGAUGCCCGGGACAAACUCGGUGUUCCCUGGCAAAAUUCGGAGAACGAGAAGCAUGGCAUGUUUGUUAUGUCCUUCGAAAACAAAGCAGGCAUGCCCGUGGAACCCUGCACCUUUCAGCUGUAUGUACCAGCCCUGCAGGCACUCUGGAAUGAUAGCGGAAUCCAGGAAGCCUAUGGGCGCCGCAGUGAGUUUCAGCUGAGUGAAUCAGUGAAGUAUUUCCUGGACAACUUGGAUCGGAUCGGCCAACUGAAUUAUGUACCAAGCCGACAGGACAUCCUUCUGGCCAGGAAGGCCACCAAGGGAAUUGUGGAACAUGAUUUUGUCAUCAAGAAGAUCCCUUUCAAAAUGGUAGAUGUGGGCGGCCAGCGCUCUCAGAGACAGAAGUGGUUUCAGUGCUUUGAUGGCAUCACCUCCAUCCUCUUCAUGGUGUCCUCCAGCGAAUAUGACCAGGUGCUAAUGGAAGACCGCCGCACCAACCGACUGGUUGAGUCCAUGAACAUCUUUGAGACCAUAGUCAACAACAAGCUGUUUUCCAAUGUCUCCAUAAUCCUCUUCCUCAACAAGAUGGACCUUCUGGUGCAGAAAGUCCGCAAAGUCAGCAUCUCCAAGCACUUUUCCGACUUCCGGGGAGACCCUCACCGACUGGAGGACGUGCAGGCCUAUCUUGUGCAAUGCUUUAACCGCAAACGUCGCAACCGCAGCAAGCCUCUUUUCCACCAUUUUACCACUGCUAUUGACACUGAGAACAUUCGCUUUGUAUUUCAUGCUGUCAAAGACACGAUUCUUCAGGAGAACCUUAAGGACAUUAUGUUGCAGUGAACACCAAACGACUGUUUCACCUGUUUUCAAUGUUGUUUGAGAUAAUAACUUUUUCUCCGCAUCGUCCUGUAACGUGACAAGAAAUGCCUACUGGACUUUAUUUUAAUCCUGUUUACCUUAACAAAUGUGCAGGAGAAAAUAAUAGUGCAAAAUGUGUUUUGCAUCUUGUGUUACAAUUUCACUAAUGCUCCACUGUUUUCCAUCAUGCACUCUUUUGUUUGAAAAAGUGAGUCAUAAGAGUGCCGUGUCCAUUCCAUUAUUUCAGAGACAUGGCAUUUAAUCCUAAAAGAAUGACAUAAAUAAGUGAUUUUGUUUUGUCGGGGAUGUUUAGUGAACGCAAUGAGUUUGGUAAAAAAAAAAAAAGAUCAUAAUCUCGCCUCUUUUUACAGCUCGAUCUCAUGAAAAUAAUGUGACUGUGGCAACAUUUUUGCAAAAUGAUAUUGCAUGGUUCAUUACACAUACAUGUACUAUAUCACAGCAGUUCCGAGGUGAAAUGUCCACUGAGUGGCGCUAAAAGCAAGUUAAAUCCAAACAAGAGUUAAGGGCUGUGUUCGAAAUGGCAUACUACCCAUACUACUCUUACUACUUCUGCCAUAUGGCAGAAAUAGUACGAGUAGUAUGGUAGUAUGCCAUUCCGACCUCAGCAAAGGUUAAAGGUGCACUCAGUAAUUUUUUGAAGUAUGUCGAAGUGAUUUUCAUUGGCUUACACUGACACCUUGUGGCUGGAAGCUGCAUCAUUCAAACACAGUAGUUUUCAGUUAUCAGUGCCAGUGUAGAAAUUCACUACGCACAGUACGCCAGCAUUAAUUUGAUCCAUGAGCGAAAGUGUCCAAUAACAGGGCAGUUACUGAGAUUAAGCAAAUAGUAUUCAGAUGGUCAUGUGAUCUUAACAUGGCUGCCCCCAUGAGGUGCCCCUGCCCCAUGUAGAAUAAAACUGCUUUUAUAAGAUUACUGAAAUGACUGAACUCUUCCUCUCACAUGAGUGUUCAUGAUUUCAUACAUAUGUUUCAAUAUUACUAUUAAUUUCUUUAGAAGCAAAACUUUUUAAAUGAGGAAAGAAAUUACUAAGUGCUCCUUUAAUGCUCUAUCGUAUUUAAAAUAAACAAAAUACCUCCCUAACCUAAACCUUAAACCGUAACUUAACCGAUAGUGUCAAAAACGCAAAAGUCAGAUGAAAACAAAUGAGGUUUGUAAGGUUAAAUCUCGUCAAGUUAAAGAUCAACAAAAUCUACCUCCCUACCCUAAACUUUAAACCUAAACCUAACCGAUAGUGUCAUAAAAUGUUAAAAUGUGUGGCCUUACAAGUAAAGAGUUUGGAUGUCAUAAGAUUGGCAUUGUAUGAGGAACAGGGUGAAAAGAAAGUGUUUGUGAACUGAUAAUCUGCCGUUUUACUUGUGAUUUGUGUGAAAGGAAAUAAGUCUUUAUUGUAGCUCCUCUAGUGUUCGUUUCACCAGGAAACUGCUGUGAAACAUCAAGUCAGGUAAAAAUUAUUUAGCAAAAAUGUAGGUAUAGUAACAUGAUUCUGUUAGACCAGGUUGCUCAAACAAGAUACACCCAAGAUAGACCAGGAUACACUCAAACAAUGCACAGUAAAUUUACACUGGCUCAUCUUCCAGAUAGCAUCCGAAAAAUAAAUAACAAAGGUGCACUGAACAUCCUGCCUGUUUUUGGAUUCUGAACCAAGAAGUAAGUUUCAUGUUACUUCCUUUUUUUUAACAGAUACUUUUUGAUAUAGAAUUUUUUUAGUUUUUUUUUGACAUGCAAAAUUGAUCUUAUUAGUAAGCAGGGUUUUUUGUACAUAGAGUGAAUAGUUGCUUCUGUACAUUUUAACCAUCUCACCUCUGCUUUUUAACUAUACAUGUGUCUCUACGUUAAGCUACAGGCUUUGAUAUAUAGAGUAGGGUCAAAUCACUGGUUUCGCCUAACACCACUAACUUCAGAUGAAUAAAGCGUUAAUGGUAGUAAUUGAAUGUCAUUUUUGCAUAGCGUCUGUACUUUUUUUGACGGUUCAUGCAAUAUAAAGAUUCUGACGACUAUAACAAGCCUCCCAAACUUUGUAACACACCACUUUAAAAUGGAUAUUAUCAAGAGGAAUAACGUGGAACUGGUCAUUAUCCCUUAUAUUAUCAGCAGAUAUUAAGACUGUAGUUUCUCCUUGGUUUCAGCCAGGGACAUGUUUUGAUCUCUUGAACUUUUUGAAUGGUUUGGUUUUGCUUUUAGCUGAUGUGACUGCAAGAAAUCCCAGUUUCAAAUCCUGGAUGAGCCCCCACUUUUUACACCCAUGUUGUUUAAAUGAUUAAAUGAAUGGGGCACAAAGUGACUUCCUAGUGAUGUCUGCCAAUGCUGAGGAGUGUUUCUUGUGGUUGGUGGCACAAUUUGAGCCGUUUUACGGUUAAAUGGUUUUAUCAUCAUAGGUUGUUAUUCAUGCGCUCCUCAGAAAAUGAGUGGUUUCUGUUUCAGCACAAGUGUCGGCUUGUCAGAAUUGUUUUUGCCGUUGUUUCAUUUCAAGGGUAGCUUGAGAUACAGUAUGUCCUCAUAUUUGUGUUAUCAAAUAAUUUUGGGUUUUCAUGAGUGCAUCUUUUCUUGCAUUCUUUCCUUUUUUUGUACUGUAAUGGACAGCAUCAGCCCUUCAUUUCUACUGUAAUGAUGGACUGUAAAUUGUUUCAAACCUUGAUGUCCUCAUGAAGAAAUCAGCACAUGACAAUGUUGUUCUAUGCCCCAGAGGUAUUUUGUAAAUUCUCUCAUUCCUCGUAAUCAAUGAUGGCACAUGUUGCUUUACUGAAAGUUGGCUGGCAGGGUUUUAGAGAUAUCGGACACACCCUAAACUAUUGUCACUGAAAGCUAGAAGAUCUCUGGAUCUCAUGCAGAGUAAGAAGUAGAUUUAAUUCUUUAUUUCAAGCCUGUGUUGAUGGGAGAGUUUCGAAGUUAAAUAGUGGAUAAACAGGCCCAAUUCAUAAAUAUAAAGGGUAUUAAAGGAAUCUUUUGGGUUCAAUACUAGUUGAGCUGAAUUUACAGCAUUUGUGGCAUAAUGUUGAUUACCACAAAAAAUAAUUUUGACUCGUCCUUCGGUUAUUUAAAAAGAAUUUCAGUUACAGUGAGGCACUUGCAAUGGAAGUGAAUGGGGCCAGUCCAUAAACAUUAAAAUACACAUUGUUUCAAAAGUACACAAGAUGUAAACAUUAUACAUGUUAACAUGAUUUUAGUGUGAUAAAAUCCCUUUCUAACCUUAUCAGGGUAAAGUUAUAUCCAAUAUUUCAACUUCACUUCCAUGAAACGCUGGUAAACUCUUUAACACAGUAAUUUGGGUAAAUCCGAUUUUAUCACACUAAAAUCAUAAAUCAUAAAUACAUGUGUAAUGUAUACAUUUUGUGGCAGUACUUUUGAAACAGUGUGUAUUUUAACAUUUAUGUACUGGCACCAUGUACUUCCAUUGUAAGUGCCUUACUAUAACUACUUUUUGUAAAUAAAUGAGAGACGAGUAAAAAUCAUUUUUAUGGUAAUCAAUAUUAUGUCAUAAAUGCUGUUGAUUGAGUUAACUUUUGUAAUGACUAUUCCUUUAAAGCUCACAAUCAAGAUAAGCAUAUGGAGUGUAAUUAAUUUGAUAUAAAUUAUAUUUUGAGAAUAAUAAUUUUAGAAACAAUUUCCAAUUAAAUAAUGUGAUUUCAAUCUACUGAUAGUGAUUUAAAUACUUUAUAUUUGCUGCUCUGCUGUUUUGUCACUCUUCGUAUCUCAUGACUGUCACUGUUAACAGGAUGUCCACUUUAGCACAGUUUUCAGUAAUUUACUGUACUUUUUUCAUUUUUAUGUUGCUUCCCUAAAGUUUUACAUUUCCAGUGAUUGUAAAAAGUGUGAAAUUUCGGAUUAACUGCAUUAUGUGUGUUUUGUAUAUAAGAAUUGUAUAAAUUCAAUAAAAUGUUAAUGUUUCAUUAUA